CGCGGAUCACGCUCCAAGAUGGCCAUGAUCGAGGAAGACUUCGAGAAGGAGGUCAAGGUGGUGGUGCUCGGCAACGGUUGCGUGGGUAAAUCCUCCAUGAUCCGUCGGUACUGCAUGGGUACGUACACGGACGAGUACAAGAAGACCAUCGGGGUGGACUUCAUGGAGAAGACGCGGUGGAUCGACAGCAUCGGCGAAGACGUGCGCGUGAUGGUCUGGGACACCGCGGGGCAGGAGGAGUUCGACACGAUCACGCGCACGUACUACCGAGGCGCGGGCGCCGCCCUGCUCGUGUUCUCCACGACGGACCGGGCGAGCUUCGAGGCGAUCGAGGAGUGGAAGCGCAAGGUGGAGGACGUCUGCGGCCCCAUCGUCAUGUGCGUGUGCCAGAACAAGGUGGACAUGAUCGACGAGUCCGCGGUGGCGCCGGAGGAGGCGGAGGACCUGUGCCGCCGGCUCGGGCUCAAGUUUUACCGCGUGUGCGUCAAGGAAAACUUCAACGUGGACAAGGUGUUCGACUACCUCGUCGAGCAGUGGUCGCACUGCGACCGGGACGUUCGCGCGGCGCAGGCGCCCGCGAUGGACAUACGGGAGGUGGCGAGGCAGACCUUGAUCGAUCGGGGGGAGGCGGUUGCGAACGCUCCCGCGGCGGCGACGUCGCCGGCUGGCAAGAAGGCGGCCGAGCCCGGGCACUUCGUCGCCCCCGGGAUGAGGGGCAAGGGGAAGAAGAAGGGGGGGGACGGGGGCGAGACGUUGAAGCUCGAGCCGACGAAGCGACGCACGACGGGCAAGAAGAAGCUCUCCAGCAGGCUGAAGAAGAGCUGCGUGAUAGCCUAAACUUUUGAUUGGCUCACAUCGAAACAGCGUGGCAG